AACAAAUAUGUGACAGUCAUAUUCUAUAUAAAAGUUACAUUUAAGUGGUUAAAAUAAUAAUAAAAAAAUGCGAUUAAUCGACUAAAAUAAUCGAUAAAGUACUAAAAUAAUCAGAGCUGCAGCCUUAAUCUGACGUGUUGUGGACUCGGCGGUCAUCCCGUCACCUGGUCCUCUCUGCGUUUCCAGGUGUCUCUAUUUAUACCAGCGAUCGGCUCUUUUCCCUCAGUGAUCCUCUUAGCGUCCCACGCUGUGGCAGCGGCGUGGAGCAGCUUUACCGGUGACAGUUCAGGCUGCAAGCCGAGCUGCACACAGCAACAGGUUCCUCCACGGUGCUGCGGGUUGCCACCGAGUAGCGAGAUGUCAAGCGGGUCGGAUAUGUCUCUGCUUGACUGCACCGGAGCCCGAAUCUCCGGGUGCUGGUCACUGAGAAGCGACCGCAGUGGGAGCGGAGAGGACUCGCUGGACCGGCUCCUGCCUCACGCCGGGGCCCCCCGCAGGAAGAGCGCCACCUCUCUGAGUAAAACGGAACCACCUCUGCUCCGCACCGGCACACGUACCAUCUACACCGCCGGCCGCCCUCCCUGGUACGACGAGCACGGCGCUCAGCCCAAAGAGGCUUUCGUCAUCGGGCUGUGUGGCGGCAGCGCCUCAGGGAAGACCACCGUGGCCAACAAGAUCAUCGAGGCGCUCGAUGUGCCGUGGGUUGUGCUUCUGUCUAUGGAUUCUUUCUACAAGGUUUUAUCCCCAGAGGAGCAGCUGCUGGCUGUGCAGAACGACUACAACUUUGACCAUCCGGCGGCGUUCGACUUCCAGCUGCUGGUGGCCACGCUGCGAAAGCUGAAGCAGGGGAAGAGCGUCAAGAUCCCAGUGUACGACUUCACCACACAUGGGAGGCAGAAAGACUGGAAAAAUGUGUACGGCGCCAGUGUUAUCAUAUUCGAGGGAAUCAUGUCUUUUGCAGACAAAGAGCUUCUUCAGCUGCUGGAUAUGAAAAUCUUUGUGGACACAGACUCAGACAUCCGACUCGUCCGCCGGCUCCGCAGGGACAUCACAGAGCGCGGCCGGGACAUUGAAGGCGUCAUCAAGCAGUACAACAAGUUUGUGAAGCCUGCCUUUGAGCAGUACAUUGAACCCACCAUGAGGCUGGCCGACAUCGUCGUGCCUCGAGGUGGUGGGAACAUGGUGGCCAUCGAUCUGAUCGUUCAGCAUGUCCACAGCCAGCUGGAGGAGCGUGAGCUCAGUGUCAGAGCUCUGCUCGCCUCGGUGCAGCAGACGCAGCCGCUGCCUCAGACGCUCAGCGUGCUGGAGAGCUCGCCGCAGGUCCGCGGCCUGCACACCAUCAUCAGGAACAGAGAGACGAGCCGCGAUGAGUUCAUCUUCUACUCAAAGAGAUUAAUGCGUCUUCUCAUCGAGCAUGCGCUGACUUUUCUGCCCUCUCAGCCUUGUGUGGUUCAGACUCCGCAGGGCCCGGACUACGACGGCCGCAGCUACAGGGGGAAAGGAAUCACCGGCGUCUCCAUCCUGAGGGCAGGGGAGACCAUGGAGCCCGCCCUGAGGGCCGUGUGCAAGGACGUCCGCAUCGGGAAGAUCCUGAUCCAGACCAACAUGGACUCCGGCGAGCCAGAGCUGCACUACCUGCGCUUGCCCAAAGACAUCAGCGAGGAUCACGUCAUCCUGAUGGACAGCACCGUCUCCACCGGCGCCGCGGCCAUGAUGGCGGUCCGGGUUCUGCUGGACCAUGAGGUCCAGGAGGAAAAGAUCAUGCUGGUGUCGCUGCUGAUGGCUGGACUGGGAGUGCACUCUGUGGCCUACGCCUUCCCAAAGGUCAAGAUCAUCACCACGGCUGUGGACAAGGACCUGGACGAGUCCUUCCACGUUAUUCCUGGAAUCGGAGACUUUGGGGACCGGUACUUUGGGACGGACGGGUCGGUCGGUUGGAGCGAUGAAGAGAACCAGGAGCAGUUGUCAGUGUGACUCUGGUUAAUGCACAGACACCAAAUAUAUUCUUAUAUUUAUUUUCUACACUAUAGACCAUUUUUUGUAUUAUAAAACAGCUACAAAUGUGCUGAAUAUUUCUAUAAAGAUUGGUGCCUUCACCUGUAGGGUUAAAUGUUGCAAUAAUCUCAUUUGUUUCAUAAUCUAAAUGAGGAUAUGAAUGUGUGAUAAUGAUAGAAAUAAUUUUAAAAAACUAUUUUAUUGCUUAUUUUUUAGGCAACUGUAUGUUUUUGACAGUAUAAACUCAAAUAUUGCCCUUGAAAACAUUCUCAUUAGACUCCUUCAGGACGCCACUUACUUAAAAAAGUGAGAUUUAUAUCAUGAAAUUUCACACAGUGUCUGCAUUUACUCAUAUUUUUUAAUUUACUGAUAUUUAUUGAUGCUCUCAUGGGGCAAAAGAGUGGAGAAAAUAGCAAUAGUUAUUUAAUUUGCAGGAGAUUCUCAUCAAAAUUGUCGUUGCAAGAAGUGUACAAUAUUGCACCAACUUUUUGAUGCCGACCUUCUGAUAAAACAAUGUUGUGACCAAAGCUCCAAAACUGAGAGACUUGGAGACACAAAGAUGCUGGAGAAUGAUGUGAAGAAAGAGGAAAAUGUGAGAUGAAACUCCAGUUCUAAGAUGCAAAUAAACAAUUUAAUUUUA